AUGAUUGCUAGGAGAGUCGCCCAAAGAGUUCCUGUGUUUGCAACAGCUUUGAGUAAGCGUACCAAAGUUACUUUACCAGAUUUAGAUUGGGAUUUUGGAGCUUUGGAGCCCCACAUCUCUGGCCAAAUUAAUGAGCUACAUUACACCAAGCAUCAUCAAACUUACGUGAAUGGGUUCAAUGCGGCCACAGAGCAGUUUGGUGAGUUGGAAUGCAAGAUCACCGGUGACCCUCAGCAAGACGCGCCCAUUACCACCAAGUUGGUUGCGUUGCAGCAAAACAUCAAGUUCCACGGUGGAGGGUACACCAACCAUUGCUUGUUCUGGAAGAACUUGGCCCCCAGCUCUCAAGGUGGUGGAGAAGCACCAUCCGGAGCCUUGGGCAAGCAAAUUGAAUCCCAAUUCGGGUCAUUAGACGGACUCAUCUCUCAGACCAACACCAAAUUGGCUGGUAUCCAGGGUUCCGGUUGGUGCUUUAUCGUCAAGAACUUGGACAACGGCGGUAAGAUCGAAGUGGUCCAAACUUACAACCAGGACACUGUGACCGGUGCGCUCAAGCCCUUGGUUGCCAUCGAUGCCUGGGAGCACGCAUACUACUUGCAAUACCAAAACCGCAAGGCCGACUACUUCAAGGCCAUCUGGAACGUGAUCAACUGGAAGGAAGCCGAACGUAGAUUCGAGAAGGCGUAG